AUGGCUGAUGACAAUCUAAGUACAGUCAAAAGCCCGGGAACUUUUGGAGAUCCCAGUGCGCAUGAAGUCAACUUGAACGCAAUUACUUCCAACCAAUACCUGAUUGGCCAGGUGGGGGGACAUCUCACUGACGCGCAAAAGGAAUUCGUAUUACUUCGUUUGAAUCACCACGGGUUGGACACCUUGAACGAUUUACCUCCUGACGCAGUAUUCAUCAUUGAGAAAGUCGAUUCGCUCACUAUCGAUGAAGCAGUUGAGAUCCUUAAGCGGGCUGUCAAAGACCACGACGAUGAUUACAAUAUUCUUGCCAAGGAUUUCGAACUUUGGGAGCGUCUCGUGUCCCAUAAACACGAUGAUGUUCAUCUGCUGGAUCUGAUUGAUGAGAAGUCUAAAGGAGAUGUUCAUGUUUCAGAGAAAUCUCACGGCGAAAUUUUGGUGGGGGAAGGGGAGAGCUUCGAUUACUCAAAAAUUGUUGACUGGAAUUUCCAAACGCGGUUGGAGGCCACUAUCCUUGCUUACUGGUCACCCUACGUGGAGGUCCGGUCUGUAACUGACCCGUAUGAUGACCCCACUCUUCCAGUCGAAACAAUAAGAGUGUACAUUAUCAGUAUUAUCUGGACAGGAAUUGGAUCGGUGAUCAACACUUUUUUUAACGAUCGGUUACCGAGUAUCAGCUUACCUUCUUCAGUUGUUCAAGUAUUGAUCUACCCUUGUGGAUUGCUUGCGGCCAAAAUUUUACCAAAAUGGAACAUUGGCUUUGGGAAGUACAAAGCUUCAUUGAAUCCUGGACCUUGGAAUCACAAAGAGCAAUUGCUUUGUACCUUGUUUUAUGCUGUAUCCGGGGGUGUUCCCUACGUGUUUUACAAUAUCCAAGUACAGAAAAUGCCUGCCUUUUAUGGAAAUACUUGGGUUGAUUUUGGAUACGAAGUAUUGCUUGCGUUGCUGUCUCAGUUUAUGGGUUUCGGUUUUGCUGGUUUGUUGAGAAAGUUUGUGGUCUUUCCCGUGCAAAGUAUGUGGCCCACAAUGUUACCAACUUUGGCAUUGAACAAAACUCUUAUGAAACCUGCUAAGAAAGAGCGUAUCAACGGCUGGACCAUCUCAUCAUACAAGUUUUUUUUCAUCUGUUUUGUUGCAAGUUUCUUAUAUUUUUGGGUACCAAACUACUUGAUGGGAUUUUUGUCUACGUUCAACUGGAUGACCUGGAUCAAGCCAGAUAAUUUUAAUCUCGCAGCUAUCACUGGUUCAAACCUCGGCCUUGGCUUCAAUCCCAUUACUAGUUUUGAUUGGAACGUUAUUAACAGUAAUGCUGCUCUUUCAACUCCAAUUGUUACUACAGUGACUAAUUAUCUUGGUGCAUUGCUCGGCUUUUUCAUAAUUGUUGGCUUGUACUACUCUAACUACAGAUGGGCUGCCUAUUUGCCGAUCAACAGUAACCGUUUGUGGACCAAUAAGGGGACCCCGUUUCAUGUGUCUUCCGUUAUUAACGAACAGCUGUUAUUCGAUAAUGAGAAGUAUCAGAAAGUGGGACCUCCAUUCUAUUCCGCUGCUAACAUGAUGACUUAUGGUGUCUUCUUUGCUCUCUAUUUGUUUCUGGUGGUGUACGAAUUUGGGUCACAGUGGCGGCAAAUGUGGCAUUCGUUGAAGUUAUUUUACAAACUGCUUCGCAACUGGCGGACGUCACUGGUAUUCGAUGGAUUUGAAGACCCAUUUACAGUCAGAAUGAAACGCUAUAAAGAAGUUCCCGAAUGGACAUUCUUUGUGGUCUUAUUAAUUUCGGUUGUUUUGUCAAUUGUGUGUGUUAAAAUUUAUCCAGCGCAAACCCCGGUGUGGACCAUUUUUUUCGCCUUGGGCAUGAAUCUCGUAUUCUUGGUCCCAUUGACCAUUUUGGCUGCAGUAACUGGAACAACAUUCGGUCUUAACGUUUUGGUCGAACUUAUUAUUGGAUACGCUAUUCCUGGAAACGGCUUGGCGCUCAUGUACACCAAGGCAAUUGGCUAUAACAUUGAUGGCCAGGCUCAAAACUACAUUUCCGAUCAGAAAAUGACUCACUACUCCCUGAUUCCGCCUCGGGCGUUGUUUCGAACCCAAUUGCUUUCCACUUUCAUCAACUGCUUCAUUUCUCUUGGGAUGCUCGAGUGGAUGAUGACGGGUAUCAAGGACUACUGUCUGCCUACCAACAAACAGAAGUUUACUUGUCCGGGUAGUGGUACUUUUUACCUGGCGCUGGUCAUUUGGGGAGUCAUUGGUCCGCAAAAGUCGUUCAAAUUAUAUCCAAUUUUUAAGUGGUGUUUCCUCAUUGGCGCCGGUGCUGGGUUAGUGUGUCUCUUGUUCAAGUUGUAUGCACCCAAGAAGUAUACGAGAAAGUUUCAGCCUACGGUGUUCCUCAUUGGUAUGAUGGCUUAUGCCCCCACAAACUUGUCUUACUACACAAUGGGUUUGUAUUUUGCCAUUAUCUUCAUGUGGUAUAUUAGGACCCGUCUUCCAGCUUGGUGGUCUAAGUACAAUUACAUCUUGCUGACCGGAUUAACAGCAGGAUUGGCGUUCCUGGGAAUCAUUAUUUUCUUUGCAGUGUAUUAUCAUGACAAGCUGAUCGCCUGGUGGGGCAACGACGUUGUUAGUUAUGGCUACGAGGGAAAGCAGGGUUCUUUGUUAAAUGCCACUUUACAAGCACCCGAUGGUUACUUUGGACCUCGUAUUGGGGAGUUCCCAACCUGA